UUGCCUUCAUUCAACAGGCAGCGUUCAUCUUUUUCAGAAUCGAAAGAUGUCGACGAAAAAAGUCUGCGUAGUGGGCGCCGGUCCCAGCGGUCUCGCCUGCGCCCGCCAGAUGCUCGACUACGGCUUCGACGUGGUGCUGUACGAGCGGUCCGCAGAGUUGGGAGGCCUCUGGGUGUACCACGACGAUGAUGUCGAGGGACGAGCAUCUGUUAUGCGCACCACUGUCAUCAACACCAGCAAGGAGAUGAGCGCUUUCAGUGACUUCCCACCGCCCAAAGAGCUCCCCAACUACAUGCACAACACCGACAUGCUGGACUACUUCCGGAACUACGCCGACCGCUUCAGCGUCACCAAGCAUCUGCAAACGAGGCACGACGUGGUGCAGGUGACGCCAGCCGCCGACUACGAGAAUACGGGUCGCUGGGACGUGCUCGUCAGGGACCUGGCGACCAACAGCGACCGCAGCGAGACGUUCGACGCCGUGGCCGUGUGCGUGGGCCAUCACGUGUAUCCGAACGUGCCGCACUUCAAGGGACAGGAGAAGUUCCGCGGCCGAAUCAUGCACACGCACAGCCUGAAAAACGCCGACAGCUUCCGGAAUCACCGGGUGGCCGUUGUCGGCAUUGGCAACUCGGGCUGUGAUGCCGUGGCCGAUAUCAGUCAGGUGGCAGUCCAGACGUAUCUGUCAACUAGAAGAGGAGCUUGGGUUACCCGGCGUGUCGGGCCCAACGGCAUGCCCGGCGACAUGUUCAUGAAAUCGCGACUCAGGGCAUACUUGUUGAGCUGGUUACCGAGAUCGCUGGCCAGCAGCUACACGGAGAACAUCUUGAACGGGUUCUUCAACCACGAGGCGUACGGAAUCAAGCCCAAACACCGCUACCACUCGCAACACCCGACCACCAACGACGUAUUGCCGAUCCUCAUAAUCAGCGGGAAGGUACGCGUAAAGGAGAACAUCGCCGAAUUCACCGAAGAUGGUGUGAUCUUCGAGGGUGAGGACAAG